CCGAUGGUCCCGCCGCCGUCCAGCCGCCAUGAUCAGCGCCAGCCGAGCCGCGGCAGCCCGUCUUGUCGGCACAGCAGCCUCCCGGGGCCCCGCGGCCGUUCGUCACCUGGAUAGUUGGAAUGGCCUUAGUCAUGAGGCUUUUAGAAUUGUCUCAAGGCGGGACUAUGCGUCAGAAGCAAUCAAGGGAGCUGUUGUUGGUAUUGAUUUGGGUACUACCAACUCCUGUGUAGCAGUUAUGGAAGGUAAACAAGCAAAGGUGCUAGAGAAUGCGGAAGGUGCUAGAACAACCCCAUCAGUCGUGGCCUUUACAGCAGAUGGUGAACGACUUGUUGGCAUGCCAGCCAAACGACAGGCAGUCACCAACCCAAACAACACUUUUUAUGCAACCAAACGUCUCAUUGGUCGGCGAUAUGAUGAUGCUGAAGUUCAGAAAGACAUUAAAAAUGUUCCUUUUAAAAUUGUUCGUGCCUCCAAUGGUGAUGCCUGGGUUGAAGCUCAUGGAAAACUCUAUUCUCCAAGUCAGAUUGGAGCUUUUGUCUUGAUGAAGAUGAAAGAGACUGCAGAGAACUACUUGGGGCAUGCAGCAAAAAAUGCUGUGAUCACUGUUCCAGCUUAUUUCAAUGAUUCUCAAAGGCAGGCCACAAAGGAUGCAGGACAGAUAUCUGGACUAAAUGUGCUUCGAGUGAUUAAUGAACCUACAGCUGCUGCUCUGGCCUAUGGUCUGGACAAAUCAGAAGACAAAGUCAUUGCUGUUUAUGAUUUAGGUGGGGGAACUUUUGAUAUUUCUGUCCUGGAAAUCCAGAAGGGGGUAUUUGAAGUGAAGUCCACCAAUGGAGACACUUUCUUAGGCGGUGGAGACUUUGACCAGGCCUUGCUGCAACAUAUUGUGAAGGAGUUCAAAAGAGAGACAGGAGUUGAUUUGACCAAAGACAACAUGGCACUUCAGAGGGUUCGGGAAGCCGCUGAGAAGGCUAAGUGUGAGCUGUCUUCCUCUGUGCAGACUGAUAUCAACUUGCCGUAUCUUACUAUGGAUGCUUCUGGACCCAAGCAUUUGAACAUGAAGCUGACCCGAGCUCAGUUUGAGGGAAUUGUCACUGAUCUAAUCAGGAGGACCAUUGCACCUUGCUAGAAAGCCAUGCAAGAUGCAGAAGUCAGCAAGAGUGAUAUCGGAGAAGUGAUUCUAGUUGGUGGCAUGACUAGAAUGCCUAAGGUUCAGCAGACUGUGCAGGAUCUAUUUGGUCGAGCCCCAAGUAAAGCCGUCAAUCCUGAUGAGGCUGUGGCCAUUGGAGCUGCUAUCCAGGGAGGUGUGUUGGCUGGUGAUGUUACAGAUGUGCUGCUUCUGGAUGUCACUCCCCUGUCACUAGGCAUUGAGACUCUGGGAGGUGUCUUUACUAAACUUAUUAACAGGAACACCUCAAUUCCAACCAAGAAGAGUCAGGUGUUCUCCACAGCUGCUGAUGGACAGACACAAGUGGAGAUUAAAGUGUGUCAGGGUGAGAGAGAAAUGGCUGGAGACAACAAACUUCUUGGACAAUUCACUUUGGUUGGAAUUCCUCCAGCCCCUCGAGGAGUCCCUCAGAUUGAAGUUACAUUUGACAUUGAUGCCAAUGGGAUCGUGCAUGUUUCUGCCAAAGAUAAGGGCACCGGGCGUGAACAACAGAUUGUGAUCCAGUCUUCUGGUGGUUUAAGCAAAGAUGAUAUUGAAAAUAUGGUUAAAAAUGCAGAGAAGUAUGCUGAAGAAGAUCGGCGAAAGAAGGAACGAGUUGAAGCAGUUAAUAUGGCUGAAGGAAUCAUUCAUGACACAGAGACAAAGAUGGAAGAGUUUAAGGACCAGUUGCCUGCUGAUGAGUGCAACAAGCUAAAAGAAGAGAUUUUCAAAAUGAGGGAACUCCUUGCACGAAAAGAUAGUGAAACAGGAGAAAACAUAAGGCAGGCUGCAUCUUCUCUUCAACAAGCGUCACUGAAGCUCUUUGAAAUGGCAUACAAAAAGAUGGCAUCUGAGCGAGAAGGCUCUGGAAGUUCUGGCAGUGGGGAACAAAAGGAAGAUCAAAAAGAAGAGAAGCAGUAAUUGCUGUGAACUU